AUGUGGUCCAAGGCCAAGGCUCUCCUGGCCAUCGCCGCCUUCGCCCUCGCUCCCGUCGACGCCAUAUGGCCAGUGCCCAAGAAGAUCUCAACGGGAGACAAGGUGCUCUUCAUCGAUCAAAGCAUCGAUAUCACCUACAAUGGAGACUUUGUAUGCUGGACACCCCCUGGUUCUGUUUUUGAUUCCUGUAACCACUCCGCGCAACUUGAUACUGAGACAUUGCUUGAAAAACAGAUGCCCUACACUUAUAACUACCAGCCUGAUGCCGGUUCCAAGUUCAACAGCAAGCAGAUCGUCCAGGCCGGUGUCUCGCGUGCUCUUCAGGCCAUCUUCAACGACAACUUUGUGCCAUGGAAGCUUCGUGAACGCAACUCGGAUUUUGAGCCCGAUCUGCAGAAGAAGCAGUGGGUCAAGUCACUCAAGAUUGUCCAAACCGAGGAGGAUGACAAGAGCACUUUCAAGCCUCUUGCUGGCGAGGUUGAUGAAUCGUAUUCACUCACACUUUCUGAGAAGGGCGAGGCCUCUAUCAAGGCCAAAUCAUCCACGGGUAUCCUGCACGGACUUGAGACAUUCUUGCAGCUCUUCUUCAAACACAGCUCUGGCACUUCAUGGUACACGCCACACGCGCCUGUCGCCAUCCAGGAUGCGCCCGAGUAUCCCCAUCGCGGUAUUCUGCUUGACGUUGCCCGUAGUUUCUUCGAGGUUGAACACAUUAAGCGCACCAUCGAUGCCAUGUCCUGGAGCAAGCUGAAUCGCCUUCACCUUCACAUAACUGACUCGCAGUCUUGGCCUCUUGAAAUUCCUGCUCUGCCCAAGCUGGCAGAGAAGGGAGCAUACCGCAAGGGCCUCACCUACUCUCCCGAGGACCUAGCCGGAAUCUACGAGUAUGGUAUCCACCGCGGAGUCGAGGUGAUCAUGGAGAUUGACAUGCCCGGCCACAUUGGUGUGGUUGAGCUUGCAUACAAGGAUCUCAUCGUCGCAUACAACGAGAAGCCAUAUCAGUGGUGGUGUAAGGAACCGCCCUGUGGUGCGUUCCGAAUGAACAGUACCGACGUGUAUGACUUCCUCGACACCUUGUUCGAGGAUCUUUUCCCUCGCAUCUCACCAUACAGCGCAUACUUCCACGCUGGCGGCGAUGAGCUCAACCACAACGACUCCAUGCUCGACCCGGGUGUGCGCUCCAACAAGACUGAAGUCCUGGCACCUCUCCUGCAGAAGUUUGUCGACUACACUCACGGCAAGAUUCGCGACGCUGGAUUGACUCCGUUUGUUUGGGAGGAGAUGAUUACUGAGUGGAAUAUGACACUCGGUAAGGAUGUCGUGAUUCAGUCGUGGCUCGGCAACGGCGCUGUCAAGGCCAUGGCUGAGGCUGGUCACAAGGUCAUCGACAGUGAUUAUAACUUCUGGUAUCUUGAUUGUGGUCGUGGACAAUGGCUCAACUUUGAUAACGGCGAGGCUUUCAAGACCUACUACCCCUUCAACGACUGGUGCGGCCCCACCAAGAGCUGGCGCCUCAUCUACUCACACGACCCUCGUGCAGGUCUGUCUGAGGAGGCUGCCAAGCUUGUCCUUGGCGGUGAGGCGGCGGUAUGGACAGAAACCAUCGACAGCGUCAACCUUGACACUAUCGUCUGGCCCCGCGCCGCUGUUAUGGGCGAGGUUCUCUGGUCGGGCCGAACCGACGCCUCAGGCCAGAACAGGUCGCAGUAUGACGCUGCACCUCGACUGGCUGAGCUGCGCGAGCGCAUGGUGGCUCGUGGUGUGAGUGCGUCGCCAAUCCAGAUGCCGUUCUGCACCCAGGGCAAUGCUACCGAGUGCGCACAGUUUGAAGGAUAA